AUGGCACCGACGCUCGAAGACACUGCGAAACCACAAAGUAUGCCUAGCGGUCCACGAAAUGUUCUUCGCUCUAAUGAUUCAGCAAGCCUUUGGAAUUGCACACUUUCGCCAGGAUGGUCACGAGAAGAAAGUGACAUUUUGAGGAAGGCGCUUAUGAAAUUUGGAAUCGGAAAUUGGGCAAAAAUUAUCGAUUCACAGUGCCUUCCGGGAAAAACUAAUGCUCAAAUGAAUUUGCAACUUCAAAGAAUGUUAGGACAACAAAGUACAGCUGUUCGCCGGUCUACAUAUCGAUCCCUUGGUGAUAGGGGAAAAAAAUUCAAUGAUUCAAGGAUUAAAUAUAAAACGCAAAAACAAUUGCAUUGUCAAUACUGGAGGGAUGAGAUCAAACGAAGAAUUCAGCAAAAUAAACAGCUAUAUGAAAUCUCUGAAGAAGAGUGGAACAAUAUUAAAUUACCAAAACCCGAAGAUAUUUUUACAUGUUUUAACUUUGGAUCUACCAACUUUAAUCCAUUGAAGCCACAAUCGAUACUAGAAUCUAAAAAUGAAGAUCUCCGACGUUUACAACAAGAACUGGAAAGUGUACGAGCACAGAUAGCAAAUAUACGACGUAAGCAAUAUGAAAAGGAUUGUCUUUAA